AUGGCAGCCGACUCUUCGCCCCGUAAGCUCCAGCAUCACCUCACCUUUCACGUGUCGACGACCGGUAGCUAACGUGUCGGGCAUACAGAGCAGAUCCGCACGGUCACGACCGAUCUCUUGAAGAUCAACCAUCCCAUCAUGCUGGCCGGCAUGAACGUCGCUGCCGGUCCGAAACUCGCAGCCGCCGUCUCGAAUGCCGGUGGUAUUGGUGUCAUUGGUGGUGUCGGAUACACCCCAGACAUGCUCCGGGAGCAAAUCGCCGAGUUGAAGGGUUUCUUGAAGGACAAGAAUGCGCCGUUCGGUGUCGAUCUGCUUCUCCCACAGGUCGGUGGUAGCGCGAGAAAGACCAAGUAUGUCCGGCUACAAGAGCAUCGGGUUGAGGAACGGGGCAUGUCGGAACAGGUUGCUGACGGGACACAGCUACGACUACACCAAGGGCAAGCUCAGUGAGCUCGUCGAGAUCAUCAUCGACUCUGGCGCACGUCUCUUCGUCUCCGCCGUCGGUGUUCCACCCAAGGCUGUCGUCGACCGUCUGCACAAGGCUGGUAUCCUCUACAUGUGAGUACGAUCCCAACCUCCGACGAUCGACAUUCCAUGCUGAUGGAUACCACUACAGGAACAUGAUCGGCCACCCUAAGCACGUCGCAAAGUGCCUCGACCUCGGAGUAGAUAUGAUCUGUGCCCAAGGUGGUGAAGGAGGUGGACACACUGGAGAUGUCCCAACCACCAUCCUCAUUCCCGAAGUCGCCAGACUCUGCAAGGGACACAAGAGCCCCAUGACCGGCCAGCCAGUCCAAAUCAUCGCAGCAGGAGGAAUCUUCAACGGCCAAACCCUCGCAGCAUCCCUCUCGCUCGGUGCCUCCGCCGUUUGGGUCGGCACCCGUUUCGUCUUGUCCGAGGUAAGAAAUCUCACUUGAAUGGUCAUCUAUAUAUCUUAGCAGAUCACUGACCAUUUGAUGCGCGUUGCACAGGAAGCCGGCGCACCAAAAGCCCACCAAGAAGCUGUGCGAACCGCCGGUUUCGACGACAAUGUCCGCACCAUCAUCUUCACCGGCCGUCCUCUGCGUGUGCGCCAGAACCCUUACAUCAAGAACUGGGAGGACAACAGACAAUCCGAAAUCAAGGACCUCACCUCCAAGGGCCACAUCCCCGUUGAAUGGGACAUGGAGCGCAUGGGUGACGACGUUGACGACGACACCCUGGACAACGCACGACCUUUCCUGAUGGGCAAGGCCUCUGCUGUUGUCAACGAGAAGAAGUCGGCCAAGGCCAUUAUUGAUGAGAUGGUCACAGACGCUGUGCAGACCAUGACCAACAACAAUGCUUGCAUUGUUAGCAGGAGCAAGUUGUAG